AUGCUGACACAACCUGCCGUUCCAGCUACCUGCCUCCUGAUGCCCGCCGUUCCAGCUACCAGCCUCCUGAUGGCCGCCAUUCCAGCUACCUGCCUCCUGAUGGCCGCCGUUCCAGCUACCUGCCUCCUGAUGGCCGCCGUUCCAGCUACCUGCCUCCUGAUGGCCGCCGUUCCAGCUACCUGCCUCCUGAUGGCCGCCGUUCCAGCUACCUGCCUCCUGAUGGCCGCCGUUCCAGCUACCUGCCUCCUGAUGGCCGCCGUUCCAGCUACCUGCUUCCUGAUGCCCGCCGUUCCAGCUACCUGCCUCCUGAUGCUGUUUCCAGAAACGUGCUUCCAGAACAGCUUCAGGAAUAGUUGCUAA